AUGGACGGCCCAGACCAGAUCGGUCCCGAUCACACACCCAAGCGCACACUAUCUACCAAAGUGCGCAGCAUAGUCAAAACAUUCACAACUCGCGAGGGCCUCCUAGGAGACUAUGACUACGGAUACCUCUUCAUCCCACGCCUCCCAUUCACCAGACGAGCCCGCAAAACCGCUCCAUUCUUCGGCCUUGAAGACCGCGUCCCAGUUGUCCUAGCCCUAAUCCUCGGCCUACAACAUGCCCUCGCCAUGUUGGCAGGCGUCAUCUCGCCACCAAUCCUACUCGGCGGGUCCGCAGGUGCCAACUUCGGCGAUGAGGUCUACCAAUACCUCGUCUCAACAUCACUAAUCGUCUCCGGCCUGCUGAGCGCCGUCCAAAUGUUCCGCUUCCACAUCAAAGGCACAAAGUACUACAUCGGCACCGGCCUGCUGUCUGUGGUUGGAACAUCAUUUUCUACUAUCACCGUGGCCCAGGGUGCGUUCACGCAGAUGUACAAGUCCGGGUACUGUCCUUCGCUGGAGGACGGGACGAAACUGGCUUGUCCGAAAGGGUACGGUGCGCUGCUAGGGACGUCAUGUUUGUGCGCGCUGCUUGAGAUCGGAAUGAGUUUCAUGAGCUCGCGCAUUCUGGCGCGCGUGUUCCCACCACUUGUUACCGGGCCUACGGUUAUGCUGAUCGGUGCUUCGCUUGUUAAGUCCGCGAUGCAGGAUUGGGCUGGUGGCUCCGGGUGCGGGACUGAUCCUUCGGCUAGGACAAUGUGUCCUAGUGCUGACGCGCCGCAUGCUUUGCCGUGGGGGAGUGCUGAGUUCAUUGGGCUUGGAUUCUUGGUGUUUGUCACUAUUAUUGUUUGUGAGCGGUGGGGGCCUCCGAUUCUGAAGAGUUGUUCUGUUAUCGUUGGACUCCUGGUUGGCUCGAUUGUUGCGGCUGCCUGCAAUUACUUUGAAAAUUCGGGUAUUGCGGCGGCACCAGUUGCAUCUUUCCCUUGGGUCCAUACUUUCCCUUUGUCUGUGUACCCACCUCUUAUUCUGCCUCUUCUUGCGCUGUACAUCGUUAUCAUGAUGGAGUCUAUUGGUGAUAUCACGGCUACUUGUGAUGUCUCCCGGCUGCAGGUCGAGGGUGCAACCUUUGAUUCCAGAAUCCAGGGUGGUGUUCUCGGUAACGGCCUGACCUGUCUGCUGGCUGGGCUGAUGACCAUCAGCCCGAUGUCUGUGUUUGCGCAGAACAACGGUGUUAUUGCUUUAACGAAAUGCGCGAAUCGCACCGCCGGCUACUGCUGCUGCUUCUUCCUCGUUAUUAUGGGAAUCUUCUCCAAAUUUGCCGCUGCUCUCGUUGCUAUCCCGAGCUCUGUUCUUGGUGGCAUGACGGCUUUCCUGUUCAGCUCCGUGGCUGUCAGUGGUCUGCGCAUUAUCGGGGCUGUUCCGUUUACCCGUCGCAAUCGCUUCAUUCUCACGGCUAGUUUCUCCAUUGGCAUGGGUGUUACUCUUGUUCCUGAGUGGUUUGGGUACGUUUUCACCUACUCGGGUGAUAAUCAUGCCUUGGAGGGUUUGAUCAAUGCCGUCAAUCUGGUUAUGGAGAAUGGAUUUGCCAUUUGUGCGCUUCUUGGCAUCUUCUUGAACCUCUUUAUUCCCGAUGAACCGGAUGAUGCGCCCGCUCUCUUUGAGGGGGAGGGUUCAGAGGAUGACCGUGCUCAAGUUCAGGUUCAGGUUGAUGCUCAGCAGUCUGGGAAGAUGGAGGCUUCGAGCUGA